CAGAAAACCAGUGUGAGCUGCUUCAGAACAAUGGUCUUCCACUUAUGAUUCAGGUAUUAACAGAGUCUCAGGACGAAGAACUAAUCAAAGCUGCUACUUUUGUGCUGCAAAACUGCAAACAAAUGACUGAACAAUUGUCCCUGAAAACAAGUGGCAAUUCACCAAGUGUGGACAAUGCAGAAGAACUGGACGUGAACAUCAGAAGGAGAAGUCUACAAGAGUACUGGAAGAAUGCAAAAGAAAUUUUACACAGAAUAAACAUGAUUGAACAAGAAGUUGAUGAGGAAAGACUUAAAGGAAGAGUAUUUGUAGACGGAUCUUCAGCAGCAAAUCCUGAAGCAUUAGAACCCCAUGAAGUGACUCCUGCUGAUCCAAAAACAGGCAUAGAAAGAACACAUAAAGAAGUCCAUUGUCCACAGUUGAGCUCCAGGUUGGAUGAUCAAGUUCUUCUUGCUCCAUCUGCAAAUUCUCCUCCACGAAAACAUGAAACAGUUAACCCUAUGGAUCCAGUUUCUACUAGACAAAGAGGACAGAGUCACAUUCCAUGUUCAGCUAAUGAACUGCCAAGAGAUAGUGUACUUCAAACUCACAGUGUAAAUGACAGAACUGCUUGUGUGAAAAAUCAGUCUGUUCUUCAAGCAAGCAAAGAGUUAUUUAGACAACCUGCAGAGGCUGUUAGAAAUGGAAGACAGACAUGCACUUCAGAUCAAGGUUCAUUCUACUCAGAGAAAACUGGGAAAGACAGAAGUACUGCAGCUACAUCUUCAUCCCAUAAAAUGUCAGAUUUGAGGUGUUCAGGUUGUACAGCAGAAGGACUGUCUUUCAACAGUAAAACAUUUACCAAGAUGUUACAAAGUUGUCCACACCAGUGUGACCAUCACAAAGUCAUUCUAGAAGCUGAAGAAAGAUACAGGAAGGACCUUCGCAAAUGGGCUGGUUAUGACAACACCAGAUGCACAGCUCAGCAGGGUAUUCUUUUGACUCCAAAGAGAAAAUCCAAACCUAAUACUUCAGGCAGAGAUGAGCAUAGUAAAAAUAUGUGGACUGACAACUACAGCUUGAUCCCUGCAUGUGAGAAGUCUUUACAAAAGACUCAAGAUGCUAACUUGAGGAGACAGGGAGUCAAAGAAAUGUACAACCAGCAACAUCAGCACUUACAAGAUUGCGAACAUUCACUUCAGAAAGCUGUGAACAAUGAAAUGUGUUCCCAGGACAUGAGCACAAGGACUUUGAACAAGAGAAGAACCCGAAAAGAUUUCACAGCUGAAGAAAUUAAGUGUCUCUUGAAUGGAGUGAAAAAGAUGGGUAAUCACUGGAACCUAAUUCUGUGGUCUUACCCAUUUCAGAAGGGUCGGACCAGUGUUGACCUUUCCAAGAAGUACCACAGGUUACAGCUGCAGGUACGGGACACUGUCCGGGCACGGGAUGUGCAGGUGCGGGACACUCCCGGCUCUCCGGUGCAG